AUGCAUCCAGUUUAUGAUAGGUAUGCUGGUAGUGAAGAUGGUGAGAUUUUCAAUAUAAUUAGGAUGAAUACUAUGAAAGAGUUAAUUGGGAAUAACGAAUAUUUACGAGUAGCUGUUAGGAAGAAUGGAGAAACUGUUCAAAAAUUAUAUUAUUCACACCGAUUUAUAUGGGAAUGUUAUAAUGAGUUAAUCGAAGAUGGUAAAGUUAUUGAUCAUAUUAAUAGUGAUAAACAAGAUAACCGUUUGCGUAAUUUACAACUAGUAACACAACAACAGAAUUGCAUGAAAUCUGCUAAAGGUAGAGAUUAUUCAUUUGUUAAGAAUAAUCAUAGGAAUAAGAAAUAUGUUAAAGCUAUUGAUAUCGAUGAUGAUAAUAAGGAAUCGUUUUAUGGUAGUAUGUAUGCAGUGCAACAGCCCGUACGAAACUUUGAGGCUGAACAGAGCGAGAAUCAAGCGUGA